AGAAUUAGUAAGUUUUACUUCGAGGGGAGGCGGGCUGCCGCGCUCGCCGUCACGCUAACGACUAACAAGAAAAAAGCGCGUCCGGCCACCUCUUUCACUUCAAAAUUUCAUUUCAGAGCCUUAACCUCUAAGCCACCCCAGCCUUUUGCUUCUCCUUUGCCACCCCACCCUCUCCUCAGUUCUCCGUCUCCAUAUCUUUUCCGGGCGUUUACCUGGCGUUUACUCUCAUCACUACUCCCAUAUACAAGGUAAAUUAUCAGCUACUUCAUAUUUAUCUCCUGCUUCCUGGUCGGGAUAACUUUGGGACUGCCGUGCUUCGCGUCAAAGUAAACGACCAUACCAUCUCAUGGCGCUUCGUUUUGAGUGUGGACGACGUCUGGUUCAGUUGUCUCCUGACGGCUGAAAAGCACUUCUGCAUUGCAUUCAUCAGCUCAUAAAUAUUUCUUGCGAUGCUCUGAACUGUAGUUGCUUAUUAUUAUUUGGAUGAAAUCAUUUUUCUUAAAUAUCUCAAGAGCGUGUUCUUGUGUCUAUCGUGCCGAACGCGCUAAACAAUCUGCUGCUUUGUUUCCUAUCUUAGAUUCUUGGCAGGUUCAACCGGGCUCGUGCAGCUCGAUUGACACUCCCCCACUAUGUGUGCCAGACGCCUUUAUUCAUGCCAGUGGGCACACAAGGAACGAUAAAAGGACUGACAACAAACCAGCUCGAGGAGAUUGGUUGUCAAAUAAUACUUGGAAAUACUUACCACUUGGCGCUUCGACCAACUUCUGAGCUUCUUGAUGAAGCUGGCGGUCUUCAUAAAUUUAUGAACUGGCCAAGGGCCCUACUUACAGACUCUGGUGGCUUUCAAAUGGUGUCACUAUUGCAUCUUGCUGAUAUCACUGAAAAAGGUGUGACAUUUCAGUCACCAGUUGAUGGAAAACCAAUGCUCCUCACCCCUGAAGAGUCUAUUCAGAUCCAAAACAGAAUUGGAGCAGAUAUUAUUAUGGCUCUUGAUGAUGUUGUUAGGACCACUAUUACUGGUCCACGAAUAGAGGAAGCCAUGUAUCGCACACUCCGAUGGAUAGACAGAUGCAUAGCAGCACACAAGAGACCACAUGAGCAGAACUUGUUUGGUAUCGUACAAGGUGGUUUAGAUCCUGUGUUGAGGGAUAUAUGUGUCGGAGGCUUGGUGGAUCGCAAUUUACCAGGCUAUGCUAUUGGUGGUCUUGCUGGUGGUGAAGAUAAAGAUUCAUUUUGGCGUGUUGUUGCUCAGUGCACUGCUGCUUUGCCAGAAGAUAAACCACGAUAUGUUAUGGGAGUUGGUUAUCCACUUGAUAUAGUUGUUUGCAGUGCUUUGGGUGCCGACAUGUAUGACUGCGUCUAUCCUACCCGUACUGCACGCUUUGGCACCGCUCUUGUUCCUGAGGGUGUACUGAAACUUAAACAUAGAGCAAUGGCUGAUGACACUCGUCCCAUCGAUCCUUCCUGCUCUUGUAUGGUGUGCAAGAACUACACCAGGGCUUACAUCCAUUGUCUUGUGACAAAAGAUGCUAUGGGAUCUCAGCUUCUGUCAUAUCAUAAUUUGUAUUACAUUAUGCAGCUCAGCAGGGACCUACACUCAUCAAUAAUCGAGGGAAGGUUGCCAAAGUUUGUAUGUGACUUUCUACAUAAUAUGUUCCCGGAAGGUGAUGUUCCGGAAUGGGUCUGCAAUGCUAUGGAGGUGGCUGGAAUUAACAUUUCUUCCUGCUGCGCUCCGUUCUCAUCAUACCAAGAACACAAUUCCGAAAAUUGUUUUAGGGAGGAAGAGAUGGAAAUGAACUCGGGCAGGCUUUGAGGUGGAAAAGGUCCGGGCGGACGGUAUACAAAUUUUUCCUUUUCGAGAGAAAAAAUAUAAUUCUCGAUAAUUAUACUUAGAGUUCUACUUCUGGAGAGAUUGAGCAUUUUUACUAUUUGAGAUAUUUCCAUAUGUUAAAAUUUAUAAUUUGUCAUAAAUUUUAUAAUUAAUUAUUUUUAAAACUUGGGAAUGUCAAAUUUUACCGUAUGAUGAAAAUGCUCAAUCUUUUGAGAGGCAGAGUUUUCUAUAGUGACCUUGUAAUUACUGGCAGCAUAAAUUUUGUAACCUUUCUUAUGCUGCCUCGGGAUUAUGCGUACAAUCAAUACUUUGCCCCUUUUUUGGUUUUACUCAUGUUUUACGCAUUACAAUGGGCGAAAACAAUCAUUCUCUUGUGCUGCAGCCAAAGACUCUGGUGUUGUCAUGUCAGGUUAAUGGAAUUAUAGCAUAUGCGUAAUUUCGGGGACCCACUGUUUCUUAUAUGUUUAUUUGUUAUAACCAGUUUUGGUUUAUCACGUUUAAA